AUGCAGCGUCCAGUGACAUCAUCCGCCACCCUUCUCCGAUGGGCCAUCAAGCCCUCGGCACAGCGCACCUCGGUGUUGCGCACCUUCUCCUCCUACGGAAGCGCUCACCAGUCCUCAAAGCGAGAUAUGCAAACAGCUACCGCGUACCGUCCGCACACCCUGCCCUCCUCUUUCCCGCCGCCGCGCAGCGCGGGCACUCCGGACACCUCCAUCUCCGCAGACUUUCCGCCUGAGCGACAGGUCUCGCAGACAGAGACCUCUUCCACUAUCAGUCUGCCAGAGGGGGAGGCUCAGAAGUCCAGAUCUGCCCCGUCCGCUGCCCCGUCAACUACAACCGCAAACACAGCCAAACCCGCUACCAAGCCUCGGCGACCGCUGCGGGCGAGGAAGGCAGCCAUGAAAGUGACACCGCUGGCCAUCGAACAACUUCGCAAACUGAUGGAUUCGCCGGACCCCAAAUUCAUUCGUGUGGGCGUCAAGAACCGCGGCUGCUCUGGGCUGGCCUAUCACCUGGAGUACGUGGAGAAGCCUGGCAAGUUCGACGAGGUGGUCGAGCAGGAUGGCGUCAAGGUCUUGAUUGAUAGCAAGGCCCUGUUCAGUAUUAUCGGCAGUGAAAUGGACUGGCUAGAGGAUAAGCUGAGUAGGCGGUUUGUCUUCCGUAACCCUAACAUUAGUGAGUUUUCCCUCUCCUUCCACCUCCAUGGCUUUUGUGGUUUGAGUUGA